AUGAGCCUCGAGGACCGUGGGGUUGUCGCGCUGUGGGAGGGGGAGUGGAUGUGGCUGCGGCGCCACGUGUCGCUGGUGCGCCAGGCGGCGUGGGUGUUUGGCGACCUUGCAGGGUCCGUCUUGGACCUUCCGGCGUACCUCGCCACCGCCAGGGCGUACACGGCGCAGGCCGACCGCUUCGUCACGGAGAAGACGUUACUUGCCAGUGAGCAGCUGCGCCGGAGUCAGUGGAUUCUGCCGGCGUUCGGCAUCGCCUCCGCAAGCCUCUUUGUGGUGGCCAAGAGUGCACCGUGGGGAACAUAUCGGGCCUUCCGCAACGGUGCCGUCACGGCCGUGCUGCUCACCUGCUUCCUGCUGCCGCGCGAGCUUGUCAAUGCCGUUGACGCCGAGUUGCCAUUUGGCACGAACGACACACGCGGCGUGGGGGACAAUGCAAAGGACUUGGGCGAAAAGUAG